CCAUGACGGAAAUUAUUUAUAAUUGAACACCAGUAAAUUUACCUUGACUUUUUAGUCGUAAUUAGGUCAAUCACAUUAUUUCAAAGCUAUCAGUAAAAUUCAUUGGAUCGUUGUGAAUUGAGAUGGAGUUAGUUUAUGUUUCGGAAUGGCCUAAAACAGACGCAAACUUAUGCACCAAGAAGUUGAUUGGAGACACUGCCUGCAGCUGGUCGUGUCGUAACAUCCUGGCAUUCAGCACGUUAAACAACAGUAAGGGUCUAGCAGAAAGGGAGCUCUACCGACCCAAGAUACACGUCGUUGAUCCAGACAGACCAUGGGAACUUCAUAGCAUAAGCGGUGUACAUAAGGAUUUGAUUCAAGUAUUGCAGUGGAAUGCAAGCGGUACGCGGCUGUUAUCCGGUGAUAGCUCGGGUACCUCUGUAUUAUGGCAGAUGAAGGACCAUUUGUUGAAUGACUGGGAGAGUGUUGCGGAGAGUCACGUCAAUGGAGAGCCCAUCGUUGCACUGGGAUGGCUUCACAAUGGAGUCAAAAUUUCCUACAAUGUGGACAAUAUUGACUCUCCAAGCAUGCUGGAUAAGUUUACUCGUUCCCGAUUCACACCCUCUUUGCUACAAGUGGGAACCAAACCAGCCGUUGGAUGGAUAGCUGUCACCUCUACAGGCCUGGUUUCUGUGACGAUUCUGAAGAGCGGAGGCGGGACAAGUACAUUUACUGAGUGUCUCGGGAAUACAAGAUGCCAUGCUGAACUAGCUGACAUUGCUUACUCAAGCUCUGGUGACAUCUUAAUAGCCACAUCGGAUGGCAGCUGCCGAAGCCCCGUCCAAGUCUACAAAGUUAAUCUUAGCUGGAGAGAUGACAAAGUAUUUAUUGAAACAGACUACCUGCCAUCCCUUCAUGUACAGUGCUGUGUCGAUCUCAACAACAAAGACAAAUAUUUAACCAUCACACAUCUGAGAUUUAUCAACAAGGAAUGUUAUGAAGAGGAGAGUACAUCAGUCCCAGCCGAGCAGCUCAUCAUAUCAGCCAUUGGCUCAUCAGGUUCUUGUGUCGAGUUCUGGAGUUUGAGUAAAGAGUUUGUUCCGUUGAAUAAAAUAUUCCAGACCAGUCCACCACCGUCCAGGGAGUCCCAGCCAACCACUCAGAAAUGGGUUUUUGGUACAUGCUACACCAAUUCGUCUGCCGUUACGGGAUUGUGUCUGCCCAAACUACCGGUCAAACUUUCCAGUAAAUCUAUCUACAAUGGCCCAGGGAUGGUCAUGGCUGUUGCAUUCCAAGAUGGCAGUGUCAAGUUACUUCACAGGGUGUCUUUAAAACCAUGUGCGUCAUUCAAGUAUGAAGGAGCUAAAGUAGAUACAGGAUCUCAGGCCAAGAGACAGAAAGUUUACAACGGCAAGCACCUCAUGUGUAUGGAGAUGUCAAGCACUUGUUGCAGUAUCAUGGCGGUAGACCGGAUGGGGGCCCUGUGCCUCAUCAAGAUUGCACCAACGCUGGGUCAGGCACUAGACCAAGGUGCCGCGAGGGCCCAUACCAUCGCCCAGGUUGUCAACUUGUUGGAGUAUAGUCUGGUGACUGGCUAUGAGUGGUGGGACUUACUUCAUACAAUCACACCAGGUAUGGUCGACACUGUGAUUGACCGUUUGACUGAAGCAUUUAACAGACAGUCCAAGUCAACGCAGGAAUUAUUAUUCAGUCGGUUGGUAGCCGUCAAAGCCUCCCUUCACAGAAUGACCUCCAGUGGUGCCGGCAAGUCAGUGGAUUGUUACUGUAAGCUUUUACUCAACGCCAUCUCAUCUGAGUUUAGAUCCCUCCUCAGACCGACUAGCGUCACCGCUCAGGACAAAGGGCCGGCUGAGAAACUCACUGCUAUUUGUGCACAUAGUACAGAGUUAGACUUGACUAAGUUGAUGCUAAACAUAGACACCAAGGACUAUGCUCUGGACCCAAAUUUCAUCCAGUCCCUGCAGCAGUUGGUCCAGUGGAUCGCAGAAUAUUGCCUCUACACCUUAAGCACGGUUCCACAGCAAGCAUCUAACCCAACUAAACCAGGGAUUAGUGUAUUGAGAGACACCUCCACUCUGUGCUUGUUACGGGAGAUGCUCGUACUCAUUAAGAUAUGGGGAAUACGCAAGAAGACGUGCUUGCCCGUAUUUUCAACAACGUCAGACUCAUUGGAUACUCUGUCUCAUCUCUACAAACUCAUGACUCACGUCUGGCUAGCGAGUAAGGAGAUUCCACCCGCUGAACUGGACGAAAAUACCGUCGAUGAGUGUUGUCUUUUACCGAGCCAAAUCAUGAUGCAUCCCUUGGAUGUCACUCCAGUCACAGAGGGAAUAACUGGUAAGCUGCUCCUCCUGCGUCAGGCUAUGAGUUUUCAAUUCAACACUACCCCUCCCCACAUGGUCAACAUUGCGACCUUUGGCCACAGCCUAAAUAUAUUCCCCGGGUCUGAGGUCAACGUCAGGUCACUCUCUGACAAGAUUCAUCAGAAGACGGAUGUUGUGCGACGGCUGUACUUGGGCGUGGCCCCGCCAGAUGAGAUAAGAAGUUGUACAAGAUGUUCGUCCAUAUCAAUGCUUAACUCCCCCACUCGAACGGUCAUCAUGAAAGCUUGGGAACAACGCUGGGCCAGAUCUUGCCUAUGUGGGGGACUGUGGAGAAGGGUUGUCAUGGCUUGAGAAUAAAGAGUUGAAGUUGGAAUCGAACAAUUUCCAUCUGAGGGUAUUUCUCAUCAUCAGAUGGCUCUUUGGACAAAUUUGCACUCUUCUUGAGGGACAGUCC